AUCGAUGGUUUGUACCCACGGGCACUGAAUCUAUACAUAUUGGCGCCAUUUUGGAGCUAGGAGGGGGAAGAGAGCUGCAGAGGAGGACACGAUUUAUCACAGUUCACCGUAACAGGCAGUGAAGAGCUAAAGAGGAUGGCUCACUCUAAAGCUCGAGCCACAGACGGGAAGGUGACCUACCCCCCGGGGGUCAAGGAGAUCUCUGACAAAAUCUCCAAGGAGGAAAUGGUCCGAAGGCUCAAGAUGGUUGUCAAGACCUUCAUGGACAUGGACCAGGACUCUGAGGAAGAGAAGGAGCUGUACCUGAACCUGGCCCUCCACCUGGCCUCAGACUUCUUCCUCAAACAUCCAGAUAAAGAUGUGCGUCUGUUGGUGGCCUGCUGUCUGGCAGACAUAUUCAGGAUUUAUGCCCCAGAAGCGCCCUACACUUCCCCAGACAAACUGAAGGACAUUUUCAUGUUCAUCACCAGACAGCUCAAAGGCCUCGAGGACACUAAAAGCGCCCAGUUCAACAGAUACUUCUACCUGCUGGAGAACAUAGCAUGGGUGAAAUCCUACAAUAUUUGCUUUGAGCUCGAAGACAGCAACGAGAUAUUCACCCAGCUCUACAGAACUCUCUUUCAGGUCAUCAACAACGGGCACAACCAGAAAGUGCACAUGCACAUGGUGGACCUGAUGAGCUCCAUCAUCUGCGAGGGAGACACCGUAUCGCAGGAGCUGCUGGACACCGUGCUGGUCAAUCUGGUGCCGGCACACAAGAAUUUGAAUAAACAAGCAUAUGACCUGGCCAAAGCUCUGCUGAAGAGGACUGCCCAGGCUAUUGAGCCCUACAUCACCAAUUUUUUCAACCAGGUGCUGAUGCUGGGAAAGACCUCAGUCAGCGAUCUGUCUGAGCACGUUUUUGACCUCAUCCUGGAGCUUUACAACAUAGACAGCCACCUGCUGCUAUCAGUGCUGCCGCAGCUGGAGUUCAAGCUCAAGAGUAAUGAUAAUGAUGAGAGGCUGCAGGUGGUGAAGCUGCUGGCUAAGAUGUUUGGAGCCAAGGACUCUGAGUUGGCUGCGCAGAACAAACCACUCUGGCAGUGUUACCUGGGCAGGUUUAAUGACAUCCACGUGCCUAUCAGACUGGAGUGUGUCAAGUUCGCCAGUCACUGUCUGAUGAACCACCCAGACCUGGCCAAAGACCUCACAGAAUACUUGAGGGUCAGAUCACAUGACCCAGAGGAGGCCAUUCGCCAUGAUGUCAUUGUCUCUAUAGUAACAGCUGCCAAGAAAGACUUGUCUCUAGUCAACGAUGCACUGCUCAAUUAUGUAAAGGAGAGGACUUUGGACAAGAGAUGGCGUGUGCGCAAAGAGGCUAUGAUGGGCCUUGCAUCGAUCUACAGGAAGUACUCGCUGCAGGGAGAAGGAGGGAGGGAGGCCUCGAAACAGAUUUCCUGGAUCAAAGACAAACUGCUGCACAUCUACUACCAGAACAGCAUCGAUGACAGGUUGCUGGUGGAGCGGGUUUUUGCCCAGUACAUGGUUCCUCACAACCUGGAAACCACAGAAAGAAUGAAGUGUCUGUACUACCUGUAUGCCACCCUGGACACAAAUGCUGUUAAAGCUCUGAAUGAGAUGUGGAAGUGCCAGAAUCUGUUGAGACAUAAUGUCAAAGACCUGCUGGACCUGAUCAAAAAACCCAAGUCUGAAGCAUCCAACAAGGCUGUUUUUGCCAAAGUCAUGGUGAUCACAAGGAACCUGCCAGACCCUGGCAAGGCUCAGGACUUUGUGAAGAAGCUGGCUCAGGUCCUCGAUGACGACGAGCGAAUCAGAGAUCAGCUGGAAACCUUGGUCAGCCCCUCGUGCUCUUGCAAGCAAGCUGAAGUCUGCGUGCGAGACAUCACUAAAAAACUUGGAAGCCCCAAACAGCCCAGCAAUCCAUUCCUGGAAAUGGUGAAGUUCCUGUUGGAGAGGAUUGCUCCUGUACACAUCGACACAGAGUCCAUCAGUGCUCUGAUAAAACAGGUAAACAAAUCUAUAGAUGGAACAGCUGAUGAUGAGGAGGAGGGUGUUCCUACUGAAGAAGCCAUCAGAGCAGGGCUGGAACUGCUAAAGGUGCUGUCAUUCACACAUCCAGUGUCAUUCCACUCUGCGGAGACAUUUGAGUCUCUGCUGGGCUGUCUGAAAAUGGAUGAUGAGAAGGUGGCAGAGGCGGCACUGCAGAUCUUCAAGAACACAGGAAGCAAGAUGGAGGAGAGUUUUCCUCACAUCAAAUCUGUUUUACUACCGGUACUACAGGCCAAAGCCAAGAGAGGCCCUCCCCGCCAGGCUAAAUAUGCCAUCCACUGCAUCAACGCCAUGUUCAGCAACAGAGACACACACUUUGCCCAAAUCUUUGAGCCUCUGCACAAAAGUCUGGACACUGGUAACCUGGAGCAGCUCAUCACUCCACUGACCACCCUGGGUCAUCUGGCCCAGUUGGCCCCAGAACAGUUUGCUGCACCUCUCAAAUCUCUAGUCGCCAACUUCAUUGUGAAGGAUCUGCUCAUGAACGACAGGAUCCCAGGCAAGAAAACAACCAAACUUUGGGUUCCUGAUGAUGAAGUGUCCCCAGAGACUAUGGCCAAGAUCCAAGGCAUCAAGUUGAUGGUGAGGUGGUUGUUAGGAGUGAAGAACAACCAGAGCAAAUCGGGCAACUCCACCCUGAGGAUGCUGACUGCUAUCUUACACAGCGAUGGAGACUUAACAGAACAGGGCAAGAUGGGCAAACCGGACAUGUCGAGGCUGCGGCUGGCGGCAGCGUGCGCCCUGCUGAAGCUGGCGCAGGAGCCUUGCUAUCACGAAAUCAUCACGUUGGAGCAAUAUCAGCUGUGCGCUCUCGUCAUUAACGAUGAGUGCUACCAGGUGCGACAGUGUUUUUCCCAGAAGCUUCACCGGGGCCUGUGCCGUCUCCGUCUACCGCUGGAAUACAUGGCAGUGUUCGCUUUGUGUGCCAAGGAUCCUGUUAAGGAGAGGAGGGCUCACGCUCGCCAGUGUCUGGUGAAAAAUGUCAACAUACGCCGAGAGUACCUCAAACAGCACGCUGCCCUCAGCGACAAGCUGUUCUCUCUGCUGCCGGAGUAUGUGGUGCCCUACACCAUCCACCUUCUGGCACACGACCCAGACUAUGUCAAAGUACAAGAUAUCGAGCAGCUAAAGGAAAUUAAAGAGGCCCUGUGGUUUGUCCUCGAGAUUAUCAUGGCCAAGAAUGAGAACAACAGCCACGCCUUCAUAAGAAAAAUGGUGGAAAACAUCAAGCAGACGAAAGACGCUCAGGCCCCCAGCGAUCCCAAAACUAACGAGAAACUCUACACGGUGUGUGACGUUGCCAUGCACAUCAUCAUGUCAAAGAGCACCACUUACAGCCUGGAGUCUCCAAAAGACCCCGUGCUGCCAACGUGCUUCUUUACCAAACCAGACAAGAACUUCAGCAACACAAAAAAUUAUCUCCCAGCAGAGAUGAAGGCAUUCUUCACACCAGGAAAGCCCAAGUCGGCUAAUGUUUUGGGCGCCGUGAACAAGCCGUUGUCGUCAGCGGGCAAACAGCUCCAGAGUAAAUCUUCUCGUAUGGAGACCACCAGUAACGACUCCUCGUCCAACCCGGGCUCUCCCCAACGCAGCAAGAGCAGGCAUGACAGCACAGAGAUGGAUCACAGUGAAAACGAGGACAUCAGCCUAAAGAGAGCAGACAGCGUCGACAAGGAUAUUGAAAAACCCCGGGGUCGCAAACGGGGUGUGACCUCCGGCGACGACCAGGACAGCAAGCCAAAGCGUGGCCGUAAGAAGGCAGCUGCCAACACGACUUCUACGGGUGACUCUGAGGACCCGUGGGAUGAAGACAAUCGGCCGGAGGACGAACAGAACAGUCCGCCCAAGAAAGGUCGCAGGGGCCGCCCCCCAAAGUCUGCUACUCCCAGCCAGGAUACGCCUUCCAAGGGCAGAAGGGGGCGAAAGAAGGCAGCUCCUCCACCAGAGGAGGACGGGGAGGAAGAGGAUGAGGACGAGGAGAGGGUUGAGGAGGAAGUAGAGGAUGAAGACGAAGAGGAUGACAGGAGCAGUGAAAAUAUGGAGGUGAAGACCAGGGGAGGAAGGCAAGCCAGGGCACCACGACGAUCGCAAGGAUCUGAGUUGGCAGAGUCCACGCCACAGAAGAGGAGAGGACGUCCACCCAAAUCAGCUCAGCCGGCUGCCAAGAAACCGACGCGCGGUGGUCGAUGGAAGGCAGCUGCCACUAAGGAUGAUUCUGAGGAAGAGGAAGAGGAGGAGGACGAGGAGCAGCAGGAGGAGGAGGACGAGCCAACACCGAAGGGUCGCAAGAAGGCAGCCGGGCGACGAAGAUGAACUAAAAUAAAUAAAUAAAUAAAAAGGACAAAAGAAGACGGCACGUCUCCUCUAAAGUCACAGAGGAAUGAUGCAAGAAAGAAAAUAUGGACUUUGAACUUUUUAAAACUUUUCAUAAGCCGACGCUCCUACCGUUUCACAGAAUUUACACACCUGCAUAUUCCACGUGCACACUACAUCAAUACAUCCGCAUCGUCAGCUGUGGGUUGUUGCUUUGUGCUGCAUUGUGAUGAUGUUCGCCACAUUAAGUAGAAAUGAUUUUAACAAGAAAAACAAAGGAAAAAAAAAAAUAGAUCACUCUUGUAAAUAGUCUCUUAUGUCUGUUUCAUGUUCUGUUGUUGUGUUUGACGCUGACUGGGGGGAUGCUGUAAAGCCGUGACCCGCUGAUAUUAUUAAAAUGCUCCCAAAAAGCAGUAUUGCUUAUCAAACUUCCCUCUGUGUCCUACUUUUUAAAAACUGAAAGAGAUUAACAGUUACCUUUUUUUUGUGUGUGUAUGUGUGUGUGUGUGUGUGAGACAUUAAAUGUGUGAAUUUACUUUAAAAAAAAUAAAACAUGCUCUUUUGUUUACAGCUAUGUAUAUUAAUACCCUUUUUUCUUUUUUUACACAGCAUAUAUUGAAAUGUCAGAACCCUGUCCAACUGUAGAGUUGCUUCUGGAAAUGAUUGUAGUGUGCGUCUCUUUAUUUUCUUUUUUUUUAGGUUUGUACUUGCUGAUAGCAGGAAGUCAUGAGCAGCUGUGUUGUAGUUUUUGUCACUGCUGAUUAACUUGGCUUCACAUCCACCCAGUCAGACCCUGAUCUGUUGUAUCAAUAUAAUUCUCUAUAAAAACC